AUCAAACAAAUUCAUCAAAGCCAAUCAAAUUGAGAGAGAUAUCAAGAAAGCAAAAUAAUGAAGUUGGCCGUGGUCUCAGUCGUUGUCAUACUCGGAGUUCUCGUGGCUUGGCCGGUAUCGGCUGGCCGAAAAGACUUACCUGGAGCGGGAGGAUACGGAGGCGAUGACGAUGAUGAUACAAAGUCAUUGUUCCCUUUGGACAACCUAUUAUCGUUGAAUUAUUAUGAUAGGAUUUGUCCAGAUUUUGAGAAAAUCGUUGUUACGAAAGUGAGGGAAUGGACUAAGAGUGACUCUUCCCUUGGUCCCGCCCUCCUCCGCCUUAUCUUCCACGAUUGUGGCGUCACGGGAUGUGAUGCGUCUGUUCUUCUAGACUACGAAGGGACAGAGAGAAGAUCUCCGGCUAGCAAAACACUAAGAGGCUUCGAGCUAAUUGACGAUAUCAAGUCCGAGAUGGAGAAAUCAUGCCCCGGCAAAGUAUCCUGCGCCGACAUCCUAACAUCAGCCAGCCGUGCCGCCACCGUCCAACUUGGUGGUCCUUACUGGCCCAACGUCUACGGUCGUCGUGACUCCAAACACUCUUACGCUAGAGACGUAGAGAAAGUCCCUUCAGGCCGUCGUGAUGUUACCGCCCUUCUCGAAACGUUUCAGUCAUACGGUCUCAACGUCCUCGACCUAGUUGUCCUUUCCGGGGCCCACACCAUCGGAAAAGCGUCCUGUGGCACCAUCCAGUCGAGGCUUUACAACUACAACGCAACCAGUGGUUCAGAUCCUUCGAUUGACGCAAAAUACGCUGAUUACUUGCAACGCAGGUGUCGCUGGGCCUCUGAGACCGUCGAUCUCGACCCUGUAACUCCAGCAGUGUUCGAUAAUCAGUACUACAUUAAUCUUCAGAAGCAUAUGGGAGUUUUGUCGACUGAUCAGGAGCUUGUUAAGGACCCAAGGACUGCUCCGCUUGUAAAGACUUUCGCAGAGCAAUCACCUCAGAUAUUCAGACAGCAGUUUGCUGUGUCCAUGGCUAAGCUGGUCAACGUUGGAGUUCUCACUGGUGAAGAUCGUGUCGGAGAGAUCAGGAAGGUUUGCAGCAAAUCUAACUCCAGAGCUUACUAAAUUAUAAUCAUCAUCCCUCAUGAGAAGGAUCUUUUGUUUCUUGAAAUAAUUUCUUGUUUGGUUUUUGAGCUCUUUUCUAUUGCAAUUUUGUAAUUUGUUGUAUGAACAAGAACAAAAACUGUGAAUUAUUUUCGUUGCAACUUCGAUUUACAUGAGUUCUACACUUACCGUCACUAUUUGAUCAAGACAAUACUUAAU